AUGCACUAUUCAGGUCCCAUGUUCAGUCUGGUACCUACUCAGCCAAAUCAGGUUACUUUUUCCUUAAACAAGAAGCUCACAGCCCAUCUGUCUCUAUUCAGCAACUCUUGGUUCAAGCCAAACCAGCGUGGAAAAAGAUUUGGAAGCUAUCCUUAUCAGAAGGAUCAGCUUCAAGCUUCAAGCUACAAGCUGCAACCUGAGAAGGACAAGCACAAAGAACCAGCUAUUGGUCUUAGAGCUUUGGGAGCUAAAAGCAAAUUAGGGUUUAUUGAUGGAAGUCUUUCACUUACUCCUUACAUGGCAAAAAAUCCAUUACUUGUUCAAGCUUGGACCAACUGCAACAACAUGGUUGUAUCUUGGAUAUUGAAUUGUGUUUCUCCAAAGAUUCUUGCAAGUGUUGUUUACAAGAAUAUUGCUUUAGAGGUCUGGAUUGAUCUCAAGAAUCGUUUUUCUCAAAAGAAUGGACCAAAGCUCUUUCAACUUCAGAAGGUGCCUGCAAAGAUUACUCAAGGAGAUCUUUUUGUCACAGAUCAUUUCACUCAAUUGAAUGCUUUGUGGGAUGAAAUUGAAAAUUAUAGAGCUUUACCACGCUGUACCUAUGAUUCUUGCACUUGUUCAAUCAAUGAGAAAUUGACACAAUAUCAGUUGCAAGAUUUAGUAAUGCAGUUUCUUAUGGGACUCAAUGAGACAUAUAGUCAGGUCUAA